AUGGCUGCCUCUGGUUCCAAGCCCCAUCCUCCCUCUAGUUCCAAACCUCCCAAAAACCCCAUAACCCUCAAACCCACAAAUGAAACCCAAACUCCAAACCCUAACCCUUCCACCUCCAAAAUCCCUCCUAUCCCACCCUCCCAAGAGGAAAUCGCUCUCUCAGACGCCUCCCACCUCACGCGCCCGGAGGUCCUCCGCCGCCGCUCCUACUUCUUAAGGCAGCUCAGAAAAUUCUACAAAUCCAAAUACUGGGCCUUCAUGGAGGAGGUCAAGAAGAAGCACAGGGAGUUUUACUGGAACUUCGGUGUGAGCCCUUUCAAAGAUGAGCACAAGAGCGAUAGAGACGCUGCUGGGAAUGCUGAAGGCACUGAUGAGAACAAUAACAACAUCAACAGCAAUUUCAACAACAAUAAUGGUGGUGCUGCGAUUGCUCGGACCGACGUCGAUGCGAAAAAGAAACUGCAAUGCUCUUAUCAUCAGUGUAAGACGAAGGCCAUGCCGUUGACGAGCUUUUGUCACCUCCAUAUUCUAUCGGAUUCGAAGCAGAAGCUCUAUAAGCCUUGUGGGUUUGUUAUCAAGAGGUAA